AUGCUUCGCGAGCAAGAAGGUGAAGACCGCGAGGCACUAAAGGAGGCUGCCGAUCAGCACAUGCAGUGCUUCCGCGAAUACGUCUCUUCGCUGAAAGGGGGCGAGUCAGCCAAGGCUAAGCCGAAGCUGCUCACACAAAUCCUGGAGCUGCUGGAGACGUUAACCAAGGAGAACAAGUCGCUACGUAAGCGACUUGAGGCAAAGACCUCAAAGGGGUCUGGGAGAGCGACAAGCACCGUAGCCCAGAAACCUGAGGCACAAGAGUUCGUCCAGCAGACGAAGAAGGGCCGCAAGCCGAAGGCCCAAAAGUCUGCCAUGGAGUCGGCCAAGAAGAAGUCGAAAGGCGAAGCGGUCAAGCCUGCAAAGCAGCCAAAGAAGGGAAAGACGGUGGAGCCGCCCAAGAAGGCCGGUCGUAAGACCGGACUGCCGCGGCCGGCGAAGCCACCAAAGAAGCAGCGACCAGAGGCAGUACUGCUCAGAGCAGGAGAGCCCUCCUCCUAUGCAUAG